AUGCCAUCCCAAGAAGUGGCAGAUGUCGAAACUCCACUAUUUCAAAGACCAAUAAUAGAAAAUGCAAUAAGUACAGAAGAGCUUUUAGAUGAGCCCAAUAAGAAUGUACACGAGUUUAUUGAAUUUGGAGAUAAAAUAGCCGAAGCUCAGGUAGAUACUGGAGAAGUAGUAAGCAGUUUUUCUUGGAAAAAGCUGUGGAAAUACACUGGACCCGGGUUCCUAAUGUCUAUCGCUUACCUGGAUCCGGGUAAUUUGGAAGCAGAUCUUCAAUGUGGUGCAGCCGCUGGAUAUUCCAUGCUUUGGAUUUUGCUAUAUGCUCAUAUCGCGGGAUUCCUUAUUCAAGUGCUUUCUGUUAGAUUGGGUGUUGUUACGGGACAACACCUUGCGCAACUUAUAAACAAUAACUAUUCACGUCCUAUUUCAUUAAUGUUUUGGUUAAUAAUAGAACUUGCUAUCAUUGGCUCAGAUAUACAAGAAAUUGUUGGUACUGCUAUAGCACUCAAAAUAAUCUUACGAUUACCUCUCUGGAUAGGUACUUUAUUAACGGCUAUGGAUACUUUUACCUUUAUGUUACUGCAGAAUUACGGUGUGAGGAAAUUAGAAGCAUUUUUUAUGGCGUUAAUUUCUGUUAUGGCGAUCUGUUUUUGGGUUGAGAUGUUUCAAAGUAAACCCGAGGUCGGUGAAAUAUUUAAAGGGAUAAUAAUUCCUUUAGUGCCAAGUAAUGCAGUGGUGGAAGCUGUUGCAUUGAUUGGUGCUGUGAUUAUGCCUCAUAAUUUAUAUCUACAUUCUGCUUUGGUGAUGACGCGUAAAACGGAUCGUAAUUCGAAAUCAAAAAUUAAAGAAGCCAAUUUUUACUUUGGAGUCGAAAGCGCUUUGGCAUUACUUUGUUCAUUUCUCAUAAAUAUGGCCAUUGUUGUCGUGUUCGCUAGUGUAUUUUAUUCACAUAACAACAUAAAAAGUUUACCAGGCUUGUAUGAUGCAGCCGAUGUUUUAUCAAGAACGCUAGGUAGCGGUGCGAGAUAUUUGUGGGCUGUGGGAUUGCUUGCCGCUGGCCAGAGCUCUACAAUGACAGGAACUUUUGCCGGACAAUAUGUUGUGGAAGGAUUUUUUGGCAAAAUAUUUUCAAACCCAUGGAAGCGCGUCGCAGUCACUCGAGGAAUUGCGAUAAUUCCCUCCAUGUUGGUGGCUGUAUUCGCGGUUAAUCAUUUCGACACGAUGGGAGAACUUCUCAAUGUUUUACAAAGUCUUUGUUUACCCGCUACAUUAAUUCCAAUUCUUAAACUUAUUAGUUCAAAAGAUGUUAUGGGAAAAAAACCAACUGUUAUGGAAACCAAUAAUACAAACGGAUACCAAGUAAUAAAUGAAGUAGGUGUUGAUUCGUAA